AUGGUAAACAUAGACAAUUAUAAUAAUGAUACUUGGAUAAAAGUAUUCGAAGGUCUGGAACAUAUUUAUCGAACUAAAGAAAUGUCAACUAUGUUAUAUGGUGAACUUUAUACUGCUGUUUAUAAUUAUUGUACAAAUACUCAAUCACAAAGCUCUGGAUCAACAAAAUUUGGAAAAUCCACUAAAAUUAAUCAAAUACGUAAUCUAGAUGAUGCAGCCAAUGCUGUGGAUGAAGAAUUAUAUUUCGAAUUGAAAAAUUAUUUGGAAUAA